AUGGCACCGCAAGAAGACAAGCCUGACUUGAUCUUCAUAACAGAAUCUGUUGGCCUUCAGGAACCGGCCCCAAUCACUCCGCCUCCCCAUGCAAAUCAUUGCACACCCAGCCUGGAGGAUAGAUCCCAAGGCCCCAACCCAUCCAUUGCCGUUUGGAUCCAAUACUGGCUGUACUACAACAUCCAGAUGUCUGGGGGCCCUAUGCCCCCAAUCAACCUAAAUUUCAAGGACAUGACUCUAUCCUUGCUCAAGAACUUUGUAUUCAAACACCUGCGUAAUGAGAGCCAAUCCAAAUAUCCAAUCAAUUUGAUAGCAACUCAAGCCAAGCAGGCUGCAGUGCUACACUGGGCCUACAUGGUAGAAGAACCAAAUGGCUCCAAUCCGUUGACGGCGCACCCUGUUCCCAUGUUGGAUUUCCAAGAGUUUGUUCAAGCGGGGGAGAACUUGUAUCAUGUGGCCAAGGUUGCUAUUUACCUUGAAAUGCCAGAGGCCACUGACAAAACCAAUCCAUGGGGUAGUUACAUUGGUUGUGCAUGUAUGUGA